AUGAUGAGCAUUUCUUCGGAUGGAACUGUCUUCAAUAUCGAUGAGAGGUGUAUGUAUUUCACCGACGGGAGACCGUUAGAACCGCUGUGUUGGGAGGAACAGCUAAAUUCCAAUCAGGUUUGUAAUGCCUGUUACCCGUUUUAUACACUCACCAUGCAGUAUACGCACGUUUACUUGUAGACAAGUACCAGUGAUAGUAUCUUGAAUGAAAGACUCCAAUGUAGGCAACGUUGAACAAUAUUCAAGAAGUUGGUUGAAGGAUAGAACUCCCUGCAUGGAAAAUGUGGAAAAUGCUCUCUUCAAUUUUUUAUCACAGUUUCAUGAAACAGAAACUGCUGACUAAAACUGAUAGAUCGUAUGCGGAUUAUCGCCAAAUUCGAUUUUAUAUAAGCUAACAUGAUGCAUGCAGUUUACUCAGGAGAUGGUGUAGUGUUAUGAAUACUAAUACUAUAGUACUAGAAUACUAUAGUGUUAUACUACUAGAAUACUAUAGUGUUAUGCGUUCUCCAAACUUAUUCUGUGUAAUAUAUUCAUGGAUCAGUAUAUUAUCUGAGGUUAUUUAAUGUUUGAAUUAUAUAGGUAAAACUGCUAAAGCAACGCAAACCUACAAUGGCCAAUGAUUGUUAUAAAGAGGUAUACGAAUGAAUUAAAUCGAGACUCUGCUGAUCAGAUGAAAUACAGAUGAAGUGAAAGGUUUUUUAUGGUAUUUAUUUUUCAUUUUAUGUAGAUUGAUAGUAAACCUGUUGUAUUCUACCAGAAGAAUUCGGUUGAAAAAAUGCUCAAAAAACAAAAAAUACGUUUCCAUCUAACUUCCUGUCACCUUCCUAAAUUACAAAGCAUGGAGAGGACUACGAAGAGUACUAACUACAAUUUCUCAGGAAAUCUGUCAAGUGGUAAACAUUGUAAACAGUUGAAGAAUAACGGUAACAAAAAGUCGCCUUUACUUAAUGAUAGAUUGGAGUUAAAAGGCAGUGGAAUGGAAAAUUCUCAUCACAUGAACGAGUUUCUAAAUGGAAACGGCAAUUUAUCUGAGCAUUGUGAUAUUAAUUUUCAUAAGGAGAUGUUUGGUAAUGAACAGUUUCUCCAAGACAGAGAUAUUAGAGUUCACUCACACUACUCACACAGUUCAAUGGAUCUAUCUCCUGAAAGUAAUCGCCCAACAUCAAACAAGACUUUAUUCAUACAUAAGCAAUAUGUUGAUAUACCUGUCUCUUUGCCAAAUCCAGCUUUAACAGACGAAUCAUGUUCUAUAGUAAGUGAAGCAAGAGAUUUGAACAGUGAAAUAAUAUCCUUGGAGUUAAUAACUGAGAAAUUUAAUAAAACCUCUGAUGAAGAGAAAAACGCUCCAAAUGAAAUAAAAUGUUCCCCUGAUAAUAUAGACAAAAGUGAAAGGAAACUUGUACUGCCUGUCGAGAUUCCGUGUAAUGAUCUUCGAAAAGAAAGAUUCACAAAAAGAGAAAGUAACACAGGUCCAGAGUUCACUCCAAGCGAAAGCCGUGAAGAUCGACUACCGUCUCGUUUAACUUAUACACCAUCAACCACACCAUUGUUUUUGAGUGAAGAAAUUUAUGAGCUUCCUAAAGGUGUUUCACCAAGCAAGGCAUUGUUAGAACUACGGCAAACAUUUUGUGAAAAUAUAAGAAAAGAAACAGAGCAGUUAGAGUUUGAUUUGCAACAACUUUACUUGAAAAAACAACUUCAUCAAAGAUGA